AUGGGGAGAAUUGAGAAGGUGGCUAGCUCUAAGCAUGAGGCUACGAUUUCGCCGGCCAUAGCGCAGUUUUCUAAAAAAGCUAUUGAAACUUCUGUCGCCGAACUACCGUCGUACCUCGCGACAUUUCCUCGCCGGUGGCCGUUUCCGCGGGGUGAUCUAUACCACUGGAUUGGUCUCUUAAAUCGAUUUGAUGAGAUACUGGCGCGUGUUGUCAAAAAAUAUGGACUUGAUGAAGGUCCUCAAUCGACACCUUUUGGUCGACAUGUUCUUAUCGAAGAUUCUGUUUCGACAAACCUGGUUUCUGAUCAUGAGGAGGGCGAACGGAAACUUGACCAGUUGGGGCUUGGACCUGAAGGUGACAGAGAGCUAGUAGAGUCAAUUUUAGACUUCUCACGGCUCCUAUUAGAGAAAUGCGGCAAUCGAAGCUUGUUCAGCAGCAGCGAGCGUUUGAAUGCUUUUCUGAACACAACUUCCCUCAGUUUAAUUCAAUGCACUUUACGGCUCUCUCUCUGCCUGGCACAGCGAUACUAUUUCCGCCAACGAUCUACCAGCAGCACACACUUUCACCAGAGCUUACUGGCAGCUCAUUAUAAUAUUGAGUUGGACCGCGUUCAAAAACUGGCAUCACCAUUUCCACGUCCACCCUCAUUCAUUGAAACCGCUGAAGGAACUUCGUUGGAAAAAGGAAAGGAGAAAUCUGCGCAACAUAGUGCUGCAGCUGGUGAUAAAUGCAACGCUAAUGAUUUAAUUUCGUUGACCAAAGUGCCUUCUGAUAAGAUUACGAUGACGGAUAUUUCGCCGGCGGCUGAGAUUGGCACCUCUGAAUGGAAAGAUUGGGGAAUUGUUCGGUUUGCUUAUUACCCGCGUGAUACUACGGCGGAGCCAUCCGGUAGUACUUUGAAUACUUCCCAGGUUCAAAUGACGCCGACACCAAUGCGCCACCGAUCUUCUGAAUAUCAAAGUUCAAGGUUGCUCCAUACAUCAAGCGUGGAUGAUUCCCCAACGCCCACGACUCAAUCACCAGCAAUGAAACAAGAAGUUACUAGAGGGAUGAAAAUAUUGGAAAUCCCAAGCUCCAAGGUUCUGUCUGCUAGCACUGAAGAGCUUUUGAAAGAGAACCUGAGCGACUUGCCAAAGGAAUCAACAUAUGAUCUGUUAAACAGACUUCGAAUCGGCGCCGCUCUCGCUAAAUCCCCGGAGACAAGGAGGCAAAUACUUGGCAUUAGACUUCUUGCUCUCAGUAACUUGGCUUAUAUUUACCCCGAAGCUAUAUUCCAGCAGAAAAUUCUCCAGCAAGAUUCUGACGAACCCAAACGUCUUCAGCUGGCCUACCAGCUUUCCGACUUUGUGCAUCUCGGGGUUGCUGGCGACAUCAGUGCAUCCACAUUAAACCAAACACUCGCGUUAACAUGUUUAGAUGCUCUAGCUAAGCAUAAGACUCGAUCUGCAGACGUCUGUGCUGCAUUAAAUUUAAAUGUCAACCAUGGAAUUUUGAUGUUUCUAGUCCGAAAAACUGUUUCCGAACUGGCUGCGGAAGAUGGCGCAAUUGAUGAUAUUGAGGGAGACGACUGGCGCGAUGCCCUGUUUGGCCUUCUUCGAACCCUUCCAAGCUCCGGAACAAGAGCACCCGAAACAUUGAUGCCCGCUGGUUUGAUCCCCAUGUUUGUUGACAUGUUGAAUCUCCGAACUGAAAAGGCCCGAAGGGUAUACCCCAAAGUUUUAGAGUUUCUCGACAAUUACGUCCAUUCUGUACGAGAUGCAUUGGCAACCCUAGCAGCCGCAAAGGGUUUCGAUGCCAUAUCUGACCUUAUUGCAACAGAGACAAAAUCCGCGUUUGAUAUGGUAGGAGAAGGCAAGGGGAUCCCCGAAGAAUUCAAGACUCCAUCUACGGAUUAUUCUAUUCCUUAUUUCCAGCAACAGGCGGUACGAUGGCUGUUCAAAUUUGUCAACCACGUAAUGCAACAUAAUAGUGGUGGUUUUGAGCGUUUGAUCCGCAAUUUCAUAGACUCUCCUCCUCUUCUUAGUGCACUUCGCCUUGUUAUCGAAAACGCAAAGACUUUUGGCUCGCAUGUAUGGAGCGGUUCCAUUAACAUUAUGAGCCACUUUAUCCACAAUGAGCCCACUAGUUAUGCCGUCAUAGCUGAAGCCGGACUCAGCAAAAGCUUCCUUGAAGCGGUUAUGUGCAAACCGCUGGAAGUUCCAGAGGAAUCAACUGAAGGGGAUAAGAAACCUGCCAAACCGCAAAAUUUGUUUAACCCUUCAUCAACUUCAGGCAAUAAGAACCUACUCGAUCAUCUCUCCAAAACUCCUGAACGUAAGGGAUCUGAUGGAAUCUUACCCUCAACGGAAGCUAUUGUCGGUAUACCCUUGGCGUUUGGUGCAAUAUGCCUGAAUUCAACUGGCCUUGAACUGUUCCAGUCAUCCGACGCACUAGAAAGAUUCUUCGAUAUCUUCGAAAGUCCCGUCCACGUGAAAUGUAUGAAGAAUGACUCGAACUUGCUUAGACUGCUGGGAAAUUCAUUUGAUGAAUUAGUAAGGCACCAUCCAGCCCUGAAGGCGUCGGUCAUGAGCUCCGUUCUCCGAACGGUUGCCCGUGUUGGGCUUCUUGGUAAGUAUAAGGCGUGGGAGUCUGGUUUGGGAGCCAAACUCUGGGUUGAGGAUCAAGAUGGAAAGGAAUCCAUUUCUGGCGGCCUGUCUGGUACCAUUGGCGACCUUUGCUCCGAUUUCUUCCCGAAUGAAGACCACUGGCCUAAUGCCUCGGUUCCCAACCUAGGUAGUAGCAGCACUACCUACCGAGAGCUCUUUGGUGAACCGGACAUUAGCAAGUGGGCUACCAAGGAUACUGAUGCGGAUGGCCUUGCCGUCACAGGUUACAUCUUCCCAGUAUUAAAAUUCUUGGGGGCAUUUUUUGAGAAUCAGGCUAUUUGUGCCAAUUUCAUAGAAAAUGGAGGUGUGGAAUACGUACUCGACUUUGCUGUCCUUCAGUCCUUGCCUUUUAGCUUCCAUAAUAAUGAAGCGAAUCACCAACUGGCGCAAGUACUUCAUCUCAUGGCCGAGACAAAACCUCACCUAGUACUUCCACCUCUCCUUAACCGCACCCUCUCCGCCCUUGAUAAACUCGAGCCAUUCUGGUCCAACGGCCCAGGAUCAGUAGGCUUCUUCUCUCCCCUUACAAGCCCUCUGCAAGACUUUGAACCAGGGCCUGAAGAGGCAGAAUUAAAGGCGAAAGGAACGUAUUAUGCCAAACACAUGGUUGCUGUUGGAACCUUGACAAACAUUCUCCGUGAAGUCUAUACUCCUCCAAUAUACCCUACCCGCCCAGCACAGCAGCCGCUGCCAUUUCACCAAGUGAACCUUGCCGAUAAAUAUGCCUUGAUUGCUGAACGUUUGGGACGAUUGCAUGCUGCCUGUGUUUGGGAAGAGAUACUACUACAGCAAGACAUGCCCGAGGCAUGGCAUGAGGUCACUACACUUCCCGGUUUUAGCUUUGACGUGAUGGAUGAAGGUCAAGAAACUCCUCCAGUUACUACAGCGGACGGGGCAUCUGAGGUAGGCGACGUUCCUGCUGAGUCUCAUGCUGAGGAUACACCGACAGCGCAGGGUGGCCGAGCUAAGAAAUCCCCCAAAGCCGACAACCCUGCUUCUACUCAGCUAGAUAAAGGGGCAACAGUAAAAAAUAUUAAGACCCUUCGUUGGCUGCUUGGAACACUCCCUACUUGCAUAACUGGAUUCCUUCACUCUCUUGGCCGUGGGCUUGUGGCGAAACGGCGUGUGGACACAUACCAACGACAGAAAGCGGCCGUAGUUGCUGGUGCAAUUGCUUCUAUGGUAAUUCAACAGCUGGAGCUCCAAGGACCUAACGAGUGUGCAUCCACGAAGGAUCGAUUUUCCUAUCUUAUUGUGAUAUUGUCAUCAUUCUCACGACUGAUAUUUGACUCUACCGAGCGCACCCACUCUCAGUGCCUGACAAUGAUCCUUGUCGCAUUCAAGAGGCAAAAUGGUAUACAGAAAAUGAAAGAAAUCGCUGAUAUCUUUCUCCAAGAAGUUAAGGCGUUGGCACCGUUAGAGCAGUCAGCUUCAUCACCUCGGGACCGACCAGCCAGACUUGCAUCUGCAUAUGGAGGAAUCAAAAUAAUCCUGACAUUCUUUUCAGAGAUGACGUCUGCUCGAUAUGUUCUUGAUUCUGCCCAGACUUUAGCAAUGGCCAGUAACGACCGUGAUAGAGAGCGAUUUGAUACCUUCCUUCCUCAACAAUUCUUAGUUGAGCUUCGAAUGGAGGCUUUACCCCUAGUGAAAAGCAUGUGGACGUCAGACUUUGUGGAGACAGCCUCAAGUUCUAUAGUCAAGUCGUUAAUCGACAUUCUUCGCCUGGUCCUUGAAGCAGAACAUGAAAACAACGCUUAUCGCCGUGGGGAUAACAUACCAAAAGCCCAAGCAACUACUCUAAAGGUGUUCGCCAUUCACCCUGAGCGCCUUAGUCACCUUGUUGAAAAGGGCUACGAAGAAACCCUUGCUAGAGAGGCUCUCUACCGCUGUUAUAACUCUGCCAGCGCUUCUGAAGAAUACUGCAAUGCCCAGAAAGGUGUUCGAGCUCCACCAAGAAGUUCAAUUCCAGACUAUGAUGCGGAGGCUGCAGUAACGAAGCCCAGCACCACCUCCCAAGACGAUCAAACUCCGGGGGGUCGCACAGGUAACGAAACCAGCCAAGGUCCUUCUACGCAGCCUGCCCAAGAUUUGGCCGAGAUACACGCCGAAGCUACCGAAAGUAUGGAAACAGAAGGCGACGUGUCUUCUGAGGCGUCGCCAACUUCAAAUACUCGAGCACCAGGUUCAGCUGCUGUUGCUAGCACGGAAACCAAACCUAGUGAAGCUACUUCUACGGAACCACUGCAGAAGCGAGAAGUUGUAACAAUUGAGGAUUUGGACAAAGAACGAGAUAGCAUUCGCUCAAAUUUAAUAGAACGAUGCCUGGAAGUUCUGAACGCCCAUAAUGAUGUUACCUUCGACUUGGCUGACCUCAUUAAUUCUGCAUCUAAGGUUGAAAACCCCUUCAACUUCAGGAGAGAGAUUGGGGAGACGCUGCUGCAUUUCCUAGCCUCCCUUCAAAUGGAUGAGAAUUUUUUGACAGGAGGAAAGAAAAUUGCUGCACAUGCUAGCCUUUUGGCCUUACUCCUCCAGGAGCCACAGUUUUACGAAUCCACAUUGGAACCACUCCAAGAUAAUUUUUAUGUGCUACUUGGAUUUGUCAAAGUUCCACCUCCUGCAUCAGAUAAAUCUACCGAGGAGUCUUGUCCCUGGAUUGGCCAAAUCCUGCUUAUCCUUGAAAAAGUGCUGGCGGAAGACGCCUCUCCUAGGGUCAUUCAAUGGAAUCCACCAAAUGCCGAUACUCCUGAGGAUUCGGAUGCGGCGGAGCUCGGAGAACCUCUCGUUUCGCUAGACGGUAAAACGCAGCUCUUCGAGGCGCUUUUGGACGUUUUACCACGAAUUGGUAAAGAUGAGUCCCUCGCACUAUCUGUGGCUAGGGUGCUUGUUAUGCUCACUCGGGAACGUGUUCUUGCAACAAGACUUGGAGAACGCAGAAAUCUUCAACGUUUGUUUGUUAUGAUCAAGCAAUUGAGCAACCCAUCUAACGAAAAACUACAAAAUGCGUUUAUGCUCAUACUCAGACAUAUCGUUGAAGACGAAGAUACAAUUCGCCAAAUAAUAAGAAAUGAUAUCAUUUCGAACUUUGAUUCUAGACCUUCUCGCCAGACAGAUACUACCAACUUUGUUCGUCAAUAUAGCCACUUGGUAAUAAGAGCCCCUAGACUUUUUGUUGAGGUCACGAAUGAACUUUUGAAACUCUCGAGAUAUGACGCAAAUCAACGGCCUCAAACGCUUGUUUUAAAGAACCCGAGGAAGAAUGAUGGGCUGCAGUCAUCAGAGGAGGCCGACAAGCCAGAGGAAGCCAAGGUUGAGGGAGAACAGUAUCCACGGCCAUCUAAGGACUCUGAUCAGCAUGAGCCUAAGGAAAGCAAGGAGAAACACAAGGAGUUGAAGACCCCAAUUGUUGAGCAUCCAGAUGGUGUAAUCCAUUAUCUCCUCUCUGAAUUACUUUCAUAUAGAGAUGUAGACGACAAAGAGUCCGCUCCCGCACCGCCAGCUGAGAAACCGGGUAGUCGAGCUGAGGAUGUCGAAAUGGCCACUAGUGAGAGCUCAUCCCCACCUCAGGCGGCUACAAACCGCGAUCUAUCCUCGAAGAAGGCAGAGAAACCCCAAUUCAAGGCAGAUGAGCAUCCCAUCUAUAUCUACCGAUGCUUCCUCCUCCAUUGCUUGACGGAACUCUUGUCGUCUUACAAUCGUACCAAGGUGGAGUUCAUCAACUUUUCUCGCAAAGCAGACCCCCUGGCAACGACUCCGUCAAAACCACGGUCAGGGAUCUUGAAUUACCUACUUCAUGGCCUCAUUCCGAUUGGAACCAUGGAACAUGACGAAUCAAUCCCCUUCAAAAAACGAGUUAAUACUUCAGGAUGGGCGAUGAAGGUUAUUAUCGCCCUAUGCACAAAGACAAUUGAAUAUGGCGGACGAAGAUCUGUUCCUGCGCAAGAAGAAGAGGUCGAGUCUGACUUGCUAUUUGUCCGAAAGUUUGUCUUAGAACAUGCUCUGAAGUCCUACAAAGAUGCCAGUACUUCCCGGGAACCUCUCGACUCCAAGUAUGCGCGUCUCAUGUGUAUGGCGGAUCUUUUUGAUAAAAUGCUCAGCGGUGGUCCUGGCCCAGAUGGUUCACCACGAACUUCAUCGGCUACUCGUCAGAUCGCGAAGACCAUGUUUGAAAAGAACUUCGUCAAUGCCUUCACCGCAUCAAUUGCUGAUAUUGACUUAAACUUCCCGUCAUCCAAGCGUGUCGUGAAAUACAUUCUACGACCUCUUAAUAAGCUGUCACAAACUGCUGUACUCUUAUGUGAAAGUGGUUCGAUUGAAGCGAAACCGAAUCAAAGCGAUUCUGAUGAAAUAUCAUCAGCAAGUUCGGUAUCUGAGUUUUCGUCGUCAAGAGAAGAAACACCCGACCUUUUCCGCCAUUCUACUCUAGGCAUGUUUGAGCCGCAUGAGGAAGAGACUUCCAGUGACGAGGAUGAAGAGGAUGAGGAAAUGUACGAUGAUGAGUACGAUGAAGAGAUGGAAUAUGAAGAAGAGAUACCAGAGAAUGACGGAGAAGUCGUCAGCGAUGAAGAUGAGGAGGAAAUGGACGAACGAGGUCCGAUUGAAGGAUUACCUGGUGAUACUCCAAUGGAUAUUGAGGUUUUGAUCGAUGGAGAUUCCGAAGAUGACGACGAUGAGGACGAUGACGAUGAAGACGAUGAGGACGAUGAUGAAGACGAGGACGAGGAUGAUGACGAUGAACAUCUAGACGAACGAAUUGUUGCCGGUGAAAUUACUGGUGACAAUGAUAACAACAGUCUUCAAGAUGGCGAAGAUGAAUGGGAGAGUGAUGAAGGUUCCGAGGAAGCAGACGAUGAAUUGGCCAUGAUGAACCAGCUCGAAAUUGAACUAGGGGGUGGCAUGGGGCAAGGAGAACAUAAUCGCCCGGGCCCGCCUCACAUUGAAAAUCUCUUAAGAGUCCUGGAGGAGACGGGUGCCUCGGUUGAACGUUUGGACCAUGAAAUGGAUCAUGCAAUGGAUAUGAGGGACCUUGGAGAGGAUUUUGUAGAGGAUGACCUGAAUGAGGAAGAAGACGAAGACGAAGAAAUUGACGAACUGGAAGAGGAUGUUGAUGAGUUUGACGAUGAGCAAGCGAUAUAUCAUGAAUACGACCAUGAUGACGGGGACCUUUCCAACUCACCAUGGAGCUGGGAUGAACCAGUUUUGACUCAGAACCGUGUUCCUUCGCGGAACAUCUCAUCGUGGAAUUUCUUCCCCGGUCAAAUGGCAAGCCGACAGGGUAUCAUACCAGUGCCAGACUAUCGAUCCCAUCGGACUCAAGUCGCACCUCCUAGGAACGACGAUGGAGUUAACCCCCUUCUACGUCGCAAUGAUCGCGCACAUGAACAGCCAACUCAAAGACGAGGCCCAAAUGCUGAAGCAUUUAGUGACUGGGUAACUGCAAUGGACCCGAAUAGUCAUGGCAGGCUUUUAUCAAUUGAUAGCCCUGUUACUUUCAUGAAUGCAAUCAUGCAAGCAAUUGGUCAAGGAGGACCAGAGUUUGGUAUCAUACCCCGACCCGAUGGAUUUCACCUUCAUGUGGAGCGUGGAUCCGUCCUUCCUGGCCGUCUCCAGGAUCUUCUUGGUCUAGGAAGAGCUCCAGUGGUGGCCCCCCGUUCUCGUGACGAUCCAGGUCAAGCAGUUGCCUUCCCAACCGGCUCGACUCUAAAUCGCUGGCAGGAAGAAGCUAGACUUCACUUCAACAACCUCUAUAUGGAGAGGGCACAGAGAAUUGUGCAGUCCAUUCUUAAACUGUUAAUUCCUCCAGCUAUUGAGGAAGAUAAGCAGCGGCAAAAGAAGCUAGAGGAGGAGCGAAGACGCAUGGACGAAGAAAAGCUCGAGCGCGAGAGACUAGAACGCAUUGCUCUUGAAGAGGCUGAAAAGGAGAAAAAACGGAAACAAGAAGAAGAGGAAGAAGCUGCGAGAAGAUUGGAAGAAGAACGUCGUGCAGAAGAAAAUGCUCAAGCAGAUAUUGUUGAGCCAAUGGAAGAUGUACAGCCCACUGCCGGUGUUGCAGGGCGGCCUUCUACUGAGGCUGCUGCCCCUGACCCCGGGCCGUCUGAACCAGUCCAAAGAAUCCACACUACCAUACGUGGCCGGCAACUUGAUAUCACUGGCAUGGAAAUUGAUCCGGAAUACCUUGAGGCACUUCCAGAAGAAAUGCGCGAGGAAGUAAUCUUGCAACAGCUUGCUGAGCAACGUUCUCAAGCUGUCGUGGCUGGUGAAGAGCCAAGCGAAAUCAACCCCGAAUUCUUAGAAGCCCUGCCAGCAGAAAUCCGAGAAGAACUCCUACAGCAAGAGGCAGCCGAUCGUCGUCGUCGUGAGCGGGAAGCUGCCCGUCGCCAAGCCGCAGCCAAUGGAGGUCCUCACGCGGAAGAUAUGGACCCUGCCAGUUUCAUAGCAACACUUGAGCCAUCUUUACGACAAACUGUUUUGGCUGAUCAACCCGAUGAUAUAUUAGCUUCACUCGGACCAGAGUUUGUGACUGAAGCUCGAGCAUUGACUGGUCGCAGACUUCCUCGAUUUGGUGACCCAGUGCUGGACCGGCCUCCACCAGCCCGUCAAGUCCAGGAGCCGAAGAAGCCUCAGCGCCGGCAGAUUGUACAGAUCGUCGACAAAGCUGGUGUAGCCACCCUACUUCGUCUCAUGUUUAUGCCGCUACAAGGAAACGCUCGGCAUCAUCUGAAUGAUAUCCUGCAUAAUGUUUGCCAGAAUCGUCAAAAUCGAUCGGAAGUGAUUAGCCUUCUUCUGCUGAUCCUCCAAGAUGGAAGUGCUGAUAUCUCGGCGGUGGAGCGAAGCUUCGCUCAUUUGUCCUUACGUGCGAAAACUCCCACUUCUCAGCGAACUCCCCAAUCUCUUAAGCGGGCAUUGUCCAUUCCUACUCCCGGUGCCAACCAUGAUGUGACCCCAUUGAUCGUCAUUCAACAAUGUCUAGGCGCUCUUUCGUUCCUAACUCAGUAUAACCCGCAUAUCCCAUGGUUUUUCCUCACCGAGCAUGAAACCAUCUCGGCCCUUAAAAUGAAAACCCUGCGCAAAGGAAAGGCCAAGGAAAAUAGGGCAAAUAAGUUUGCGCUGAAUUCUCUUCUAUCGCUACUCGACCGGAAAGCAAUCUUGGAUAGCCCGAACUGCAUGGAACAGCUAUCUGGGCUACUUAGCAGUAUUACUCAUCCUCUCACAAUACUACUCCGCAGAGAAGCAGAUAAACAAGAGGAUACUGAAAAUAAGGAGACUGAUAACAAGCCUGAAUCUUUGCCUCAACCACAGAGUACAGGUGAGGCCCAGGAGAACAACCCACCAGCUCAAUCAGAUACUACUAUGGUGGAGCCAACAGCUAGGGAUUCGGACACUGCUGGCCAACAAGAGCAAGAAGAAGACGGAAACGUUGAAGGUGAUAAAUCGCCCAAGGAAGACAGAAAGAAGAAAGUGCGUACCAUUGACCCUCCUGUGGUUCCAGAGUAUAAUUUACGCCUUGUGGUUCAUAUUCUUUCUGCUCGUGAGUGUAAUGGCAGGACAUUCAGAGAAACUCUUUCCACCAUUAAUAACUUGUCUUCAAUCCCGGGCGCAAAAGAGGUCAUUGGGAAGGAGUUAGUUGGACAGGCGCAGACUUUGAGCAAAUCAAUAUUGGUCGACUUGGAGGAACUUAUACCCCAUAUCACCAAUGCAGAGUCUGGUACUGACGUACAGGGCCUGGCUCUUGCAAAAUUCUCGCCAGCAAGUUCUGAUCAGGCCAAGCUGCUGCGCGUUUUGACAGCUCUUGACUACCUGUUUGACCCCAGCCGAGACAAGGAGAAGAUGUCUGAAGCGGAGGCUUCCGAGAAAGCAAAUACUCUGAAAGCGCUCUAUGAGAGUGUUACUUUUGGACCCUUAUGGACGAAGCUUAGCGAUUGCCUCCACGCCGUCCAACGCAAAGAAUCGAUGCUGAAUGUUGCGACGACCCUUCUUCCAUUGAUUGAGUCACUCAUGGUUGUCUGCAAAAACACUACACUAAAGGACGUCCCCCUAUUCCCUAAGCAAGGCCGCGAAUUCUCUGUAUCAAGCCCACCCCCUGAUUCUGGGAUGGAAGGCUUGUUCUUCAAUUUCACAGAGGAUCACCGGAAAAUUCUCAAUGAGCUUGUGCGGCAAAACCCUCGGCUGAUGAGCGGUACUUUCUCGCUCUUGGUCAAGAAUCCGAAGGUUUUGGAGUUCGACAACAAACGUAACUACUUCAACCGCAAGAUUCAUUCACGCGGAACUGAGGCCCGGCAUCCUCAUCCUCCGUUACAGCUCUCUGUCCGCCGUGAUCAGGUAUUCCUUGACUCUUUCAAAUCCCUAUAUUUCAAGACCGCAGAUGAAAUGAAAUAUGGUAAACUUAGCAUUCGAUUCCACGGUGAAGAAGGCGUUGAUGCUGGCGGCGUAAGCAGGGAAUGGUUCCAAGUCCUUGCCAGAGGAAUGUUUAACCCUGACUACGCCUUGUUCAUUCCAGUUGCAUCUGACCGCACAACAUUCCACCCAAAUCGUCUCAGUGGCGUUAAUCAGGAACACUUGAUGUUUUUCAAGUUUAUCGGGCGUAUAAUUGGCAAGGCAUUGUAUGAAGGCAGAGUUCUUGAUUGCCAUUUCAGCAGAGCAGUGUACAAGAGGAUCUUGGGCAAGUCAGUCUCUAUCAAAGACAUGGAAACUCUUGACCUCGACUACUACAAAUCGCUAUUGUGGAUGCUGGAAAACGACAUCACGGACAUUCUCACUGAGAAUUUCUCGGUUGAGGUUGAAGAUUUUGGUGAAACCCGUGUCAUUGACCUAGUGGAGAAUGGUCGAAACAUUCCAGUCACCCAGGAGAACAAGGAAGAAUACGUUCAGCACGUUGUUGAACACCGGUUGACUGGGUCUGUCAAAGAGCAAUUGGACCACUUCCUCCGCGGUUUCCACGAUAUUAUACCAGCUGACCUUAUCUCCAUAUUCAACGAACAAGAACUAGAGCUUCUCAUUUCUGGGCUGCCUGAGAUCGAUGUCAAUGACUGGAAAAAUAAUUCUGAGUACCACAACUAUUCCGCAUCUUCCCCACAGAUCCAAUGGUUCUGGCGUGCCGUGCGCUCAUUUGACAAGGAAGAGCGAGCCAAACUUCUUCAGUUCGUCACUGGUACAAGCAAAGUACCCCUGAACGGAUUCAGAGAGCUUGAAGGGAUGAAUGGAUUCAGCAAAUUUAACAUCCACCGUGACUAUGGAAGCAAAGACAGGCUUCCAAGCUCACAUACCUGCUUUAACCGUAAGUUACCAUUCCAGAAUAUGUUGCCACUGUUUAACGUGCUAACUCAUCCUUUCGCAGAGCUCGAUCUACCUGAGUAUGACAGCUAUGAAUCGUUACGUAAAUGUCUCUACACAGCCAUGACUGCCGGUAGCGAAUACUUUGGGUUCGCUUAA